AUGCAGAUUAGAAAAUCAAAUAAAGUAGUAGUGAAUAGGAUUGAGAAAGUGAACUCAGAGUUAUUGACUUUAACUUAUGGUGCCAUAGUUUCCCAAAUAAUCAAGGAUAGUGAUACUGUAAUUGAAGCGAAUGAAUAAUUGGAGAAGAUGGGUUUUAAUAUUGGACAAAGGAUCAUUGAUGAAUACCUUUCAAAAGCAGAAAUCAAGUAAUGUAGAGACAAGAUUGAUGUUGCAGAAAAUAUUGGCAAGGUUUCCAUGUAAAUGUUUCUUGGAGUGACAGCUGAAGUAGAAGUGUUACCUGAGACUGACAAGAUAUUCACUUUUAAUUUGCAUUUCACAGAGAAUCCUUUGAAUGAUUUUGUAGAGUUGCCAGAACAUUUGCAAGGACUCAAUUACUCAAACAUGAUUGCAGGAGCCAUUAGAGGAGCUUUGUCAACUAUUCAUUGGAUAGCUACUUGUAGAUUCUUGAAGGAUCAAUUGAAAAAUGAUGAUAAAACUAUUUUGCAGGUGGAAAUGAUUAGAGAAAAGUUCAAAGAUGAUGAAUGA